AAAAAUGGCUGUAGGAGAAACGGUAGUUGAGUGGGAGCGCAUUCCUUCUUAUUUUGAAUUUAUUGUUGGUAUUUACAGGUAUGUCGUGGAAAGUUUUAAUCAGUUAAAGGAUCCAGAUUAUGACUUUCCAAAAGGAACAUGGCGUGACAUCAAAAGUUACUGGCAUUUUAAUACGUCAUGUAUCCUUACAAUUUUGCUAAUGGCAGGAGCAUGGACCAUCGUUCGUCAUUUCAGUACUGAAUGGAUAUUUAAGCCAGUUGGAAAAUUGUUUGCCCUUUCCCCUCACAAUCAAGCGAAGAUGCCAGAAAGUGCGUGGAAGUUUGUAUAUAGCUCUUGUGCAUGGACGAGUACUGUGUAUGUAGUCUGUUUGUCUGGACGCUAUCAGUUCUUUCACAGGCCUAGUAUGGUGUGGGAUAAUUGGAACAUUAAUACUCCCAUACCUACAGACAUUUACAUUCUGUACAUAAUACAGUGUAGCUUUUAUCUGCAUUCUGUGUAUGCUACACUCUUUCUGGAUACCUGGCGCAAAGAUUCGAUUGUUCUUCUUAUUCAUCAUGUGAUCACCCUGGUACUUGUGUCCGGCUCACUUGCAUUAAGGUAUCAGAACAUAGGUAUUCUGGUGCUUCUUCUUCAUGACAUCUGUGAUGUUCAACUCGAAUUUACUAAAUUGAAUGUGUAUUUUAAAAUUCAAGGAGGACGGCUAAAGAAACACCAUGAACAUAUUGCAAAUUUUUCAUUUUGUAUUUUUGCUCUGACUUGGUUUGUGUCUCGUUUGUAUUGGUUUCCAUUGAAAGUUCUAUAUGUUUCAUCACAAAACCUGGUAGACAGAAAAAUAUCAAUUCCAUUUGCAACAUUUCUCAACUUUCUUCUUUGGGUUCUCCUGGCCAUGAAUAUUUAUUGGUUUAUGCUUGUACUUGGAUUUCUCUUCAAAGUGGCUACAGGACAGAUGCAAGAGGUUGAUGACACUAGGGAAUAUGAUGUCCUUGAAAAGAUUGAAAAGAAAGGUGCAGAGCAUUCCUGUCAACAAAAUGGAGAUAUCUGCCAUAAUGUACAGUCCGAUCCUCACUUCGUCUCUUCUGUCCGAUCACGAAAGCUCGUGCAGACAAAGACCGUACUUGCUAAUGGAAAAGCAGUUAAAGCUGGGCAUUAAGCAGUCUUUCUUUUCGUUUUCUUCCUGUUAUUAGUAUUUUUUGUAGUUUUAAUGAAUGAAUGAAUGGGUGAUUUCAAGCAAUCUCCUCUUUUCUCUUCCAAACAAACAGUGUAUUUGUUUCAUCCUUUGGUUCGUGUAAUUUUAAGAUUAUAAAGCCACUGGAAUCCAGAUUUUGUGAGUAAUGGAGGGGGGUGGGAAGAGCAGUUUUAUGAUUAGCAGUACGUAUCCAAUCACUUCUGUAUUGCAUUUUAUCGUGUGAUUUAUAAAACCAAUCAUUAUCAACAUUUUUAUGGGUUAUGUAUGUAUCUUUUUUUUUUCUGUAUGCCAUUACUCAUUUUGGGUGAUUAUAUAGCACCACCAGUGUAGAAAUGUGAAAACUUCCUCUUUCAAUUCUUCCCAAUGUGGGGGAGAAAAAACUUGCAAUCUGCGUACAUAAAGGCGACUAAAAACAAGUUAUUGCUUUUUAAGAAAUUAACUAAGCACUAGUUUCAAUGCACAUGUCUUUAAGGGUUCUAUUCUAAAUACUCUGACAUGUGGUAUUGAAACACUAGCCAGAUAAUAUACAAAAUGUGUGCAUUAUGGAAUUUUUUUUUCCUCCUUGAGAGCAGUGUGUGUGUGUGUGAUUCACAUUAUGUCAUGUAACUGAUAAUUUGAGACAGGAUCUUACCUCGGACUAAAUAGCAGCUUCAUUGUUAUGUAUAUCUUUUAAAAGUUGGUGCUGUUUUAUUGUUUACAGUUUACAUUAUAUAACCAAUAUUAUCCUGCCAGUAACAAAGUAGAUUGCUUACAUGGACAAUACAAAUUUAUAUUUUUAUCCAAAAUGUACGUUUUUAAAUAUUUCAUCUGUAUGAUAAUAAGUGUUUGUCCUUUUUAUUUUUUGUUGUUUAAUUUCAGAAAUAUUAUACCAAAAAAAAAGUUGCUUGUCUAAUGUUUAUAAACAAAGUAAACAUUUAUAAAGAUUUGUAUGUAUAAUUUUUAAAUUCUUGAGACUAACGUGGUCAUAGGAAAUGAAUUUUAUGCCUUCCAUGUAAGUUAAUUAUGUGCAGGUAGUGUAAAGUUUAUAUAUAGUAAUUAGACGUCAAUUAAUCUGCUGAAAAUGAGUAGAUGAUUGCUUGAAACGUAUUCUGAACUAAAUAUUUUCUUCUGUCUUUCAUUUAACCUUUCGAAAAGUACUCGCACGUAUUUAAUAUUGUAGUGAUAUAAAAGAAAUAAUGUCCAAUCGAUGACUCGGCCACGUAAGUUACUCCAUAUAUUGAUGUUUAAAUAAGUGAAAUACUAUAAUAUUCAGAAAAGGAGAUACAGUUCUUAUUACAUAGAAUCUGAUGCAAAUAUUAAAGGAUUUGUAUUUAAGGAAAUGAAAUAACAAAGCUUGUUUUGUGUCCUCGUAAUGGAUGGAACAUUGUCUUAGAAGUAAAAUAACCAUGGUAUAAAACCUACAAAUCUGAGUUCCUUAAAAUGUUUACUAUUUUUAAGUGGUUGCCAAUAAUUUUAAAUUUGUCAUUUGUAUCAAUUGACAAAGUUCUAUAAAAUUAAAUUAAAAACUUUAAACUGUCGGAAAUCCUUUUUAUGUCUAGGGUAAGCUGAACUUUAUAACAUUUGUGAAACUGAAAUGACUUUGGUUUAAUGGUCCUAUGUGAUUUUUCACCCACUAUUUAAAGGUGGUUUUGUUUCUUAAUUAAAAUGAGAUGUCUGAUUUGUCUCUUUUUUAUUUUUC